AUGUUAGUCCCCUCGGCAGCUUUACUGGCGCUUCUCUCCGCCGUGCCCCCGGCACUAGGAAUCCCAACCGGAUCUACGUCUACGCAAUCUCGAAGCAAUCAAUGUGUCGUUCGGUCGACCAACGGCACCACAGAUGACUCGCCAGCAAUUUCCCAGGCCUUUGCACGCUGUGCGACCGAUUCGGUCAUUGUUUUUGAAAAGGGUGUCAAUUAUAACAUCUUCCGUCCCAUCCAGGCCACCAAUCUGAACAACGUGGAAAUCCGGAUGCACGGAAACCUACAUCUUCCGCAGAACAUCACCGCCGUGAAAGAAAUUGUCAGCGGGGGUAAAUCAACGUGGAUCACGUUGGAGGGGCCGCGCGUGGACUGGAUUGGUCCCGAAGACGAGGAUGACGGAUGGAUCAACUCGUACGGCCAGGCCUGGUGGGACGCCAAUCCUGCUAAUGGCACAGGAAUCGACGGCCGUCCGCAUCUUAUGAGCUUUAAGUCGAGCCAGGCGACGCUCAAGUAUUUCCGGUCCCGCAAGCCCAUUGCUUGGAAUGCGAAGCUUCAUGGCGAGGACAUCACGGUCACUCAUGCCAUUGUCGACGCACGAUCCUCUACGAGCAGUUUCCCUUUCAACACGGAUGGUUUCGACGUGAAGGGGACCAACAUUCGCAUCUCUGAUAGCAUCAUGUACAAUGGAGAUGAUGCCAUUGCGGUGGGAUCCGAAUCCCAUGACAUCGUGUUCGAACGUAACACAAUCGGAUAUCAGACACAUGGCAUGAGCAUCGGAUCUCUAGGAAAAGAUCCCUCAGAUAUUACCAAUAUCACCAACCUGAGGUUUGAAGAUGUCACCGUGAACGGCGGACUCUAUGCCGCCCGCUUUAAGUCCUGGGCUGGCGGACAGGGACUGGUCAAGAAUGUGACCUGGAAGAACAUCCGGGUGUCCAAUGUCACCUUCCCAAUCUUCGUUACCCAGAGCUAUUUGGAUCAAAGCGUCACGCGAGAUGAUGUGGAUACCGACUCCUCGGUGAUGAUGGAGGACUUUACUUGGGCCAACUUCGGCGGAUCAAUCAACACGUUCCAGCCGGGUGAUGGGUCGUGCGCCACGACUCCUUGCUGGUAUGAUGCCGGCCUUUCCAAUCUGAAUCACACGGAAGCAAUCAUUAUCGAGUGCAAUACCGACAAAUCAUGCAAGAACUUUGUGACCGAGAACAUUAAUCUCCAUCCUCAGAGUCACGACGCGCCCACCGUGAUUUGCAUCGAUGCCACAGCUGAACUGAACCCCGACCUGGGAUUUGAUUGUCGGAAUGGCACGUACACACCACUAUCUGGCUGA